UUCAAGAAAAACAGCAAGUCGAGAUGCCCGUGUCUCACUUGCAUGUAUGCAUAGGACACCGAUUAUCAGACGAGAGGACGAGAUUAUUUCCACAAUGGAGAGCACAGAAAGAAUGACCACUACGGAGAUGUACAGCACAGCAGAUUACUAUGAUUACACAGAACCUUGCAUUCAGGAGUCUGCUUUGAACCCGAUGGCCAUGGCUGCCGUCUUCUACCUGGUUUUUGCCCUUGGGCUUCUGGGUAACAGCAUGCUGUUGUGGAUGCUGCUGAAGAUUAUGCGAAUCAAGACCAUGACAGAUGUGUGUCUGCUGAACCUGGCCGUUUCCGACCUGAUCACCGUGUUCUCGCUGCCCUUAUGGGCGCUUUCUACCCAGGGACAUUUACCUGAUGCUGAUUGGCUCUGCAAACUCAUGGUCGUUACCUAUCAGCUGGGCUUCUACAGUGGUAUACUUUUCGUGAUGUUAAUGAGUAUCGACCGCUAUUUAGCCAUUGUCCACGCAGUGGCAUCACUGGGAGCAAGAAAUUUGCGUUACGCCGUUACCGCUAGCUUUGUCAUCUGGACCGUUUCCUUCUGUGCUGCAUUUCCAGCAUCCUAUUUCCACAAAAUGAUUAAGGAUGAGAACCUCGUGGCACAGUGUGAAUGGGAUCCCGGCAAUGGAUCAGUCAAGACGUGGAAGCUGUUACUGAAUUUCAGCCAAAACACAGUAGGACUCUUCAUCUCCCUGCCAGUCACAGUCUACUGCUACGUCAGAAUUAUGCUGGUGCUCAGAAGGGCAAAGAACUCCAAACGAGGACGUGCCAUGAAGUUAAUUUUUGCUAUCGUCGCUGUAUUUGUGGUCUUCUGGGUGCCGUAUAACCUGGCCGUAUUUUUGCAGACACUGCAUGACUUGGAAAUCAAUUAUGCAUGCAACAGCAAUAACCAGAUAAUAACUGCCCUGUCCGUGACUGAGGCCAUCGCGUUAGCCCACUGCUGUAUCAACCCCGUCAUCUACGCUUUCGUGGGAGAAAAAUUUAGGAAAUGUCUGUCCAAAGAGUUUUCUAAAUGGCUACUUUGUGCAAAGUUUUACAAACCAACAUCGACAUAUUCCAAAACCUCUGAAAAUGAAACAUCCAACACACCGUUAUAAGAGAACUGAUUUUACAUAUACAUGAUCAGACAUAACAUUAUGACGUUAAUAUAUUAUGAGUGGUGAAGUGAAGAACACUGAAGAUCUCUUCAUCAUGGCACCUGUUAGUGGGUGGAUUUAUUUAUCAGGCAGCAAAUGAACAUUUUGAUAUCAAAGUUGAUGUUAGAAGCAGGAAAAAUGGGUGAAUGUAAGGAUUUUAACCAGUUUGACGUCUAGACGACUGGGUCAGAGCAUCUCCAUCACUGCAGCUCUUGUGGGAUGUUCCUGGUCUGCUGUGGUCAGAAUCUAUCCAAAGUGCUCCAAGAAAGGAACAGUGAUGAACCGGCGACAGGGUCGUAGGGGACGAGGCUCGUUGAUGCACUCGGGGAGUGAAGGCUGGUCCGUGUGGUCCGAUCCAACAGACAAGCUCCUGUAGCUGAAACUGCUGAAGACGUUCAUGCUGUUGAUGAUCGAGGGGUCACGACUGUGUUUUAGCAGCAAAA